CUCCCCUGUCUGGAGUUAGAAUUGACAGUCUGAAGAAGUAGGAGAGAGAGCCCUACGUUGUUGGUUAACGUUACGACAAACGAAGAGUGAAACUGUGAAUUGGAAAUUAAAUCCGAACUACUAAAUACUUGGAUUGGAACAUUAACGCCUUAUUACCAGUGCCUGUUUGGAUAUAACAGCUAAGGGAGUAUAUGGACGGCUCAUCGACGGAGUCAUGGCUGCUUUGUUUACUAAGCUACCUUCAUAGAGCUUAGUUAAACAAAUCCACACAUACUAAAAUUCCCUGCAGUCAACAGACACACGCACAAUUUCUACAGUUGGUGUGUAUGAGGGAUGACAACCUCCCAUUUGAAUGGUCAUGUCUCUGGGGAGGGAGGAGGAGAUGAAGAGUUGAAGGGAGGACAGCAGCACAGAGAAAUGGCCGUUGAUUGUCCAGGAGAACUCGGGGGUCGGACGCUCCCUCUCCGACGAUCUGCGCAGCUGGAAAGGAUACGACAACACCAGGAGGACCUUCGACGUCGGAGAGAAGAGGAGGGUCGGCACCUAGAUCUUAAUGCUUCCCUCCGGCUUCGAAAACUUUCUCAGAAUCCUCAUGUUGGCAUAGAUAACCCCACAUUCCUGCAAGACACCUGCAUAUCACAGCACUCAGCACUCAGCAGCCAGACAACACUGUUAGAAUUGGAAGAGUUGGUCUUGUCACUGAAGCAUGUCCGGGGCUGCCUAUCUGACCAGCAAAGCCAGAAUGACAUAGAACUGGUUCUUGCUCUACUAAACAAGGCUGACUUCCAGGCAGCACUGAAGAUACAUAAUGCAGUGGCUACCAGCAUGAAUCGACCCUCUCCUCCAUACCCACAAACACUUGAGGCACUUCACCUAACCAGAGAUGUCAGGAGUCUUAUCCAGUCUAUUCAGAACAAAGAGGGGCUUGAACUCCAAGGCCUGCUGUCAGACAUACACGUUCAGUCAUUGCUUCUAGCCCAUGACAGUAUAGCAGAGAGGGAAAUGCAGCUUGAACCACUACCUGCUGAAGGAGAGACCCUGACCCAGUGGGGAGGAGAAACUGUAAAGAUAGUUCGCAUUGAAAAGGCUCGAGACAUACCAUUGGGAGCAACAGUUCGUAAUGAAAUGGACAGUGUUGUGAUCAGUCGUAUUGUUCGUGGUGGGGCAGCUGAGCGAAGUGGACUUCUAUCGGAAGGGGAUGAAAUUUUAGAAAUUAAUGGCAUUGAGAUCAGAGGAAAGGAUGUGAACCAAGUCUCUGACAUUCUUGCUGAAAUGCACGGCCUAUUGACCUUUGUCCUGAUUCCCAGCAGUCAGAGCAAAGCACCUCCUGUCAAAGAGACUGUGAUCCAUGUGAAGGCGCAUUUUGACUAUGACCCCUCAGAUGACCCCUAUGUGCCGUGUAGAGAGCUUGGCUUGUGUUUCCAGAAAGGAGAUAUCCUCCAUAUUAUCAGUCAGUCAGACCCCAACUGGUGGCAGGCUUCCAGGGAUGGAGAUGAGGAUAACCAGCCACUGGCUGGACUAGUACCAGGAAAAAGUUUCCAGCAACAAAGAGAAGCCAUGAAACAAAACAUAGAGGAAGACAAGGGGUCUGAGAAGCCUGGGAAGCUGUUAUGUGUUAAGAAGACUAAGAAGAAGAGAAAGAAGAUUUUGUAUAGAGACAUAGAAAGGGUUACAGAUCUUGAUACUGAAGAGAUUCUCACUUAUGAGGAGAUGGCGCUGUACCAUCAGCCAGCCAAUAGGAAGCGACCAAUUGCAUUAAUUGGUCCAGCCAGCUGCGGACAGGCAGAACUUCGACAGAGGCUACUUAGUUACCAACCUGAACGAUUUGCUGGCGCUGUCCCCCACACAACAAGGAGUCGUCGUGAAGGUGAAGUGAGUAGUCGAGACUAUCACUUUGUGUCUCGUCAGACCUUUGAAGCAGAGUUGGCAGCUGGGAAGCUGAUCGAAUCUGGAGAGUUUGAGAAAAACUUGUAUGGGACUAGCACAGACUCAGUCAGACAGGUCAUCAACACUGGAAAAAUCUGUGUGCUCUGUCUGCACACACAGGCUUUAAAGGUGCUAAGAAGUUCAGACUUAAAGCCUUACAUCAUCUUCAUAGCUCCACCAUCACAGGAAAGACUCAGAGCCUUAUUGUCUAAGGACAGCAAAAAUCCCAAGCCCGAUGAACUGCGGGACAUCAUAGAGAAAGCCCGAGAAAUGGAACAGACUUGUGGUCAUCUGUUUGACGUGAUCAUCGUCAACCAAGACUUGGACAAAGCCUACAGCGAGCUGCUAAGAGUCAUCAAUAAAUUGGAUACUGAACCUCAGUGGGUACCCUGCUCCUGGCUGCGCUGAAGCCACACAUACAUAAACACGCCAAAUUACAUACUAUUCACUGAGUAGAAACCAACACAGAUUUUGAACUACACAUCUACAGACCUGGUAAAUGUGUUUUUUCCACAGCAUUUUGUGGUGUGUCUUAUAAAAUAAUUGUGUUGAUUAAAGGCAAAGACUGGUGUAAGAUUUUGAGAAUUAUUUUAAGGAACAAGCUAAAACAUUGGGGGAUUAAAGUAUAAAAUUAUUAAUGUCCUAAUAUUGCAGUAUUAUAUCAUGUGUCACACUAUUACAUGUAAUUAUAUAAGAAACAUUUGUAAUAAUUUGAGACACGGUUUCUAUUUUCACAACAAAAAAUAAUUGUUCUACAAAUGUAGUUUUAAUAAGAAUUACUUGUUUUGGCAUUUCUGGUGGUUGUACUAUUUUAUGUUUAAAUUAUUGCAACUUUCUACUUUUUUACUUUAUACAUUUUUGGGGUUUUUUGUAAUUGUGUGACCUGCAGUAUUAUGACAUCUCUCUACCACUUUAUUGUCAAUCAAAUCAAUCAACAGGUACUUGAUUAAUUAUUGAUCAAGCAGAGAUUUUAUUUAAUUUUAAAAAACUUUAUUUUUAUCCUUUUAACAAAAUAAAAGCCUUUUCUAUCAAUACUAUGACUAUUUAGCAAAUGAUGUUAUAUAUAAAUAUGUAUUCAAUGAACAGUGCAUAAAAAUACCUAGUUCUAAAUAUAUUCUCCUAACUAAAUAAAUUCUCAUAAUCUUACAUAGUUUUGACUUAACUUUGACAGUAAAUCUUAAGCACUAAGUGGUAUAUAUAUAUAUAUAUUUUUUUUUUUUGUUCUCUGUCUUCACAAUUCAGAUUACACCAAAAUGGACCUGGAUUUAUUUUUUUAAAAUGUGUUUUUGUUUUUUCUAUGCACAUGCUUUGCCUCUUUCUUUAAAGCACUCACUUUGUGCCGUCAUCAUUUGAUCCUCCUAAAUGCUAUGCUUCUCUGUCACACAACUUUGAGGCUCUUGGUAAAGAUAAAAUGAGAAAUUCAAACACAUGCUAACAUGAAGUACAUAAUUCAACACUCAUUAAGACACCGCAUUUAUUCACUUUCAUUUCAGAGAACAACAUAUACAUAAUUACACACAUUAUAUUACAAAAGUCAAUGAUUGUCUUGGCAUGUGAGGCUACUGAUGGUCCAUUAUGGACCUUUACUGACCUACUGUACUACCUGGCUGCACACUGUUGCCAUGAAAAAGGACACAGAACCUGAUAUUUUUUAAACUGUCUAUUUUGCUUUCUGCCUAUUUUUUCUGAUUGACUUAUGACAGGUACUUUAUCAUGUGACUAGCUCUUCUGUCUGAUCAUAUUAAUGUAGGCCUCUAAACCCUGAGGGAUAAGCAGAUGAAAAGAGUUGUAGAUUUUAAUCAUUGUCCUGAUUGACACAUGAUACUCAAUUAUAUAUUUAGCAAGUGUGUACAUGAGUGUACUGUAUGAAUUAAUGUUUGCGUUUGUGCUCAUGCAGAUGUGCAGAAGUGUAGAGAAUUAUUUUUUAAUGGAAAAUUGGUUUAUAAAAUCCAGGAGCCAACAAUAGAAUUGUGGGUUUCACAUCACAUACUCUCAGAAAUCAGCUUUUUUAUGUAAACUCAAUGAAUAAAUAAUAGAUGAUGGUUAGGAAAGUCUAACUUGUGUUUUUUUUAUAUAUAUCUAUGACCUUAACUGUGCUUUAACUACACUUCAAGCGUCAUCAACAGUGAAUAAAAACCCUCUAUGUCCCCUUUA